AAAGACAGAUUGACAAAGUAUAAAAACCGAUGCAGUACUAUAUAGUAAACUGAAAAGUAAAAACUUAAUUUUUCUAGCAAAUAGAAACGUAGAAAAAGUUAGUUUCCUAUACGAAAACUCCGCUCAAGUAAAGUCAGUGGCCUAUAUUGUAACAAUGGAAUUUCAUUUAAAUAUUUUCACUUUAAAUUGUUGGGGCAUACCAGUAGUAUCAAAAAAUCGUACGGAGCGUUAUGAAGCCAUAGCCAAAUACUUACAAGAGAGUUCUCAUACAAUAGUCUGUCUACAAGAAGUCUGGAGUGAGAAAGAUUAUUUGUACUUAAAAGACAGUUUGAAAACCAAUCUCCCUUAUUCACACUACUUUUACAGUGGUGUACUUGGGUCAGGCCUAUGUAUAUUUUCGAAAUGGAUAAUGCAAGAUGUAUUCUUCCAUCAAUGGCCUCUAAAUGGUUACAUUCACAAGAUACAUCAUGGAGAUUGGUUUGGAGGUAAAGGAGUCGGACUCUGCCGUAUUAAGUAUGGUAACAGACUAAUUAAUGUAUAUUGUACACAUCUUCAUGCGGAGUAUCAUGAAGAUGAUAUUUAUUUGGCUCAUAGAAUGUUGCAAGCAUAUUCAACAGCUGAAUUUGUUAACUUGACUACAGGACCCGCCGACAUAUCCAUAUUAGCUGGGGAUCUCAAUGCUGGACCGGGAGAUUUAUCUUUCAAGAUAAUCACCCAAUUGCCACCAUUGGUAGACCCUUUCUCUGAAGAUCCAACAAAACCCAAAUCCCUUGGAACUUCUGACUGUGCUAACAAUAGCUAUUCAGACCCUAAUCAAGUGAAGAUAUGUCCAGAAGGAAAGAGGAUAGAUCAUAUUUUGUAUAAACUUAACCCAGCCUGGGGCGCUGAAGUAAUACAGUUUGGCAACCCAUUACCUGAUAGAGUGCCUGGCAAAGAGUUCUCCUAUUCUGAUCACAAUGCAGUUUCCUUAGAAUUACUUGUGAAACCACUUGACAAUAAAUAUAUAGAAAAACAGGCUGACAUUGGCGAUACAUUCGAUGACACAGCUACCCAAGCUAUUAAAGUUUGUGAAGAAGCUAUGACUAACUUGUCAAAAUCUAAAACAUUGUACUUGACAGUCGGUGGUUUGAUCCUGAUGUUCCUAAUUGGCACCGUUGGUUAUUGGCCAAACAGUAUAAUCUAUGAUGUAAUCAAAUUAUUCAUCACUGGACUUUGCUUCUAUUAUCUUAUAAUGGGAUCGUUAUGGCACAGGAUUGAAAUGAACAGCUUGAAGGCUGGAUUGACUGCUUUAGAAAACUUCUGCAGAACAAGAAUUGAGUCGAAGAUAGCCACUGAUUAAACUUUGCUUUACUGCCUACGCCCUAACUAAAAGCAUAUCAAAGAGUACAUAUUAAAUAUCAAAUACUAUAUAUUUAUAAUAAGGAAUUGGAACAUUCCUACAUUAACCGCGUUUAUGAUAUUCUUAUGAGGCUGUUGACUUAAUAAUUGAUUAGAAAAUAAGUAAAUGAAGUAAUAAUAUAAUUAUAAUCAAGCAAGUAUUACAUGGAAUCGUCAGAAAUUGUGAACUCUGCCUAGAAAUGUGAAUGUAUGUAAAGGUGCUAAGGAUGCAAAGAGCUACAUUUUUCUCUCAAAUAUCACGCAAUAUUAUGUUGUUUUUAACUAUUUCUUACUUUAAUGCUAUUAAAAGUGAAAUAUUUUUAAACCUAUAAAUCUAUAAUGCAAUUUACUCUAUAAAUGACACUAUUUAAAUGUUUAUUAUGUAAUGAUUAAUAAUAUAAUUAUUUCAAUCAAAAUAAUCAAGUAUUUAAAGCAUUUCGUGAUAUUUUAUCUCGCAAUAAUAUUUAUUAUGUUAAUUACCUAUGAAGUUACUUAAAUAUUCUCUUAUUUCUAUGAUUAAAUGAAGAUAAAAAUAAAA